UUUUUGAUUGGAAGUUGGAGCGAGGUCCUGAGGGCAGGAUGUCUGGUGCCUCAGUGAAGGUCGCGGUCAGGGUUCGACCCUUCAAUGAACGGGAACUCAAGCGCAAUGCUAGCUGUGUCAUUCAUAUGUCCGGCAAAUCGACCAGUAUCACAAAUCCCAAACACACAAAGGAUGCCCCAAAGAGUUUCACCUUUGACUAUUCGUACUGGUCCCACAGCUCUCCCGAUGACCCGAGCUUCAGCUCCCAGCAGCAGGUCUAUAAGGAUAUCGGCGAGUCGAUGCUGCUUCAUGCCUUCGAGGGAUACAACGUCUGUAUAUUCGCCUACGGUCAGACUGGAGCCGGGAAAUCCUACACCAUGAUGGGGAAACAGGAGACAGCACAGCAAGGGAUUAUACCCCAGCUUUGUGAAGAUCUCUUCACCAGGAUCAAUCACAACGAGGAUUUGGAUCUCUCUUACUCUGUGGAGGUCAGUUACAUGGAGAUUUACUGUGAGCGUGUCCGUGAUCUCCUGAACCCAAAAAGCCGAGACAGCCUGAGGGUUCGAGAGCAUCCGAUCCUGGGACCCUACGUGGAAAAUCUCUCCAAACUCGCCGUCACCAACUUCCGGGAUAUUGCUGAGCUCAUGGACUGUGGCAACCAGGCCAGGACGGUAGCCUGCACCAACAUGAACGAGAGCAGCAGCCGAUCUCACGCUGUCUUCACCAUCGUCUUCACCCAGAAACGGCAUGAUGCCAUCACCAACCUCUUCACCGAGAAGGUGGGCACUGG